UCAUCCUCCAGCCUAGAUGGUGGCGGUAAUGAGCAGAAAUAUUGAUUCCCCCUUCACCCGCUAGAAAACAUCAAUUCCUUCAUAAACUCCUAAAAGACGAAGAAGGACUACAGCGCUGUCUGACUAAAUCCAUUCUUUGUAAAUUAAAAUAUUUACAAAUAUUUGUAAGAUCUGAACAAGUUAGGAAUUGCACACAAGCCCAAGAAUUGCACCCUUUAGGUGUCUUAUAAUGGAAUCAGCAGAGCUUUGUGGGAAUGUGAAGACAGAGUCUUGCACUACUUUAGAUGAUGGGACAUCAAGCCCUGUGGGGUUCAUCAUCCUUGUGGAUCAGCAGAAGCUUGUGAAAAAGGAAGAACCUGAAGAUGAAGGUUAUCCCUGUGGAGGUACAUUACCUGUAGGAUGUGCCAUGACUUUUGACCAACAGACUGGAGGAUUCCAGAGGAAAUCUAUAAAAGAGGAAGAACCUGAAGAUGAUGAGUUCCUCUACUGUGAGGACUGCAAGUCCUACUUCACCAACAAGUGUGAGGUUCAUGGUCCAGCCCUUUUCAUUUCUGAUACCUCCGUUCCCAUGGGGACGGCUGACAGAGCCAUACAAACCCUUCCGCCCAGUCUGGAGGUUCGAAAGUCUGACAUUCCUGAUGCAGGCCUAGGGGUUUUCAAUAAGGGGGAAACUAUUCCACUUGGUGCACACUUUGGACCGUGUGAGGGAGACCUGGUGGACAGAGAGGAAGCCAUGAAUAGUGGCUACUCUUGGGUGAUAUCCAGGAGUAGGCAGUGUGAGAAAUACAUAGACAGCCAAAGAGAGAUGCAUUCUAACUGGAUGAGGUAUGUGAAUUGUGCACGUAAUGAAGAAGAACAAAAUCUUGUGGCUUUCCAGUAUCGAGGAGGCAUUCUUUAUCGUUGCUGUCAACCCAUCAAACCAGGACAAGAACUCUUGAUGUGGUACAAAGAUGACUACGGCAAAGACCUUGGACUCGCAUUCGACUACCUCUGGAAGAAAAAAUGCUCCUCAAAUGAAAUGAACCAUGCCCUGCUGCAAGUCGUCUUCUGCUCCUGGUGUCAACUUUCCUACACUUCUCAAAUUUACCUUGACAAUCACAUAAGGAGAAGCCACUACGAAGAACACGUGAGAUUGCUGUUAUCAAGAGAAAACAAAAAUGACAAUAUGAUGUCCCGAGGAAGCUCAGUCAGUCAUGGACAAAUGCAGAAUGAAAUCUGCUCAAAAUGUGGGAAGGAUUUCGCAAAUCUCCAUCAUCUCACUAAGCACCAGUGUGUCCACGUACGAGAAAAGCCCCUUCCCUGCUCACAAUGUGGAAAGAGUUUUACUUACCAGUGUCAUCUUCGACAACAUCAGCGCAUUCACACAAAAGAGAAGCCGUAUCACUGCUCGCAGUGUGGGAAGAGUUUUAAUCAACAUGGCAACCUUCAACGACACCAGCGCAUUCACACGGGAGAGAAGCCCUAUCACUGCUCACAGUGUGACAAGCAUUUCACUGAUCAAGGUACUCUAAUAAAACACCAGCGUAUUCACAGAGGAGAUAAGCCGUAUCAUUGCUCAGAAUGUGGAAAGCGUUUCAGUGAACGGAGUAGUUACAGAAACCACCAGCUCAUUCACACGGACGAUAAGCCGUAUCGGUGCUUACAGUGCGGAAAGUAUUUCAGACAACAACGUCAACUCAAAGAGCAUCAGCGCAUUCACACAGGAGAGAAACCGUAUCUCUGUACACACUGUGGAAAUAGUUUUAAUAAAAGCAGCACCCUACAAAGGCACCAGCGUAUCCACACAGGAGAGAAGCCGUAUGUCUGCUCACAGUGUGGGAAGAGUUUUAUUCAACAAAGUGAUCUCCAAAGACACCAGGGCAUUCACACCGGAGAGCAGCUGUACUACUGUUCAGAGCAUACCAAGAGUUUUAAUCACCAGCGUAUUCACAAAGGAGAAAAACCCUUUCAUUGCGCACAGUGUGGGAAAAGAUUUACCCGACAGAGUAAUCUCAAAGAGCACGAACUUAUUCACAAAGGAGAGAAGCAAUUUCACUGCUCUAACUGUCGAAAGAGUUUCAAUACGAAAAGAUCUCUACGGAGACACCAACAUAUUCACACAGGAGAGAGGCCGUAUCACUGCUCAGAAUGUGGGAAGAGCUUUAAUCAACUGCGUGAUCUUCAGAAACACCACAGUAUCCAUGCAAGAGAAAAGACAUACCAGUGCUUACAGUGUGGGAAGAGUUUUGCUUACCAGAGUAAUCUCAGAACGCAUCAGCGCAUUCACACAGGAGAGAAGCCGUAUCACUGCUUACAGUGUGGACAGAGAUUUACUUAUUUCAAGACAUUUAAAAAGCACAAGUGCACCAAUGUGGAGCAGAUGGCUUGUGCCACAUAGUCUUCAAAUUUAGAUAGAAGGUUGUUGGUGCAGGUGGGCUGGUUUGACUGUAUCAAAACUGCUGGCUACUAAUUUUUUUUAAUUUUUUGGGCACCUUCUGCACUAUUCCAGGCUGUAGUGUAGUGUCUUGUUCGAUACUGGACAGAACAGACUCUGGGAAUUGAGGUAGAAUUGGAGUGGUUGAGGUGCUGAUGGAUUUAGGAUAGAAACUUUCCAAUAAUCUGGAAGUGCAUGGUCUGAUAGUGCUUCCCAGGUGGCAGCCUGACAAACAGGUGGUUAUAGGGGUGGGAGGUGUCCUUGAUGAUGAUGGAGCUUGAUUAUGCUUAGGGUUUCCACGGUCAACAAACACUGUACAUAUGCUCCAGGCUAAGCUGUUGGGCUUUGGUGAUUCUCUGGUUAACUCUUAGUUAUGUUGAUGACCAAGCCUUUUUUUAAGCCAUAGAGAAGUUGCCAUAUUCGGAAAUACUAUUGGUCAAGACACAGCAGUAAAAUGUAAUCAAGUAUGAGGGUUGCAGAACAUUCUUGAUUUUUAUUUGGGGUAGUUUGGCUGAAAGGUUUGGGACUGUUGUGUAUGAAAAUCCCAGGACAUCAACAGUAUUUCAGUAGAAGUAGAAGUACCAAUAUUCAAAUCAGCCCAUCUGGUAAUUAACAACCAUGCUGGAUCACAUUUUCCCCCAUUAUUAUGUUUGCUAUGAACAUCAACAGAUGCUCUUGACCUGUAUUUGCAUAAUUUAUGCAUUAUGUUGUUCCAACAUGGAUGAUUGGAUAAUUGCAUGAAGAGCAGGUAGACAGGUUUUCCUAUUAAAGUGGCUGUUGAGUAUAAGUAUUUUAUGUUCCUUGAAUAAAGAUGGCUUCCUACUUUAAAUUUGUGCUCUCUUGUUUCUUCAUUUCAUUCCAGUACUGAUACAUGGAUCAUGAAAAGCUGCUAGUAAAGAUGUACAAUUAAAUAUACAUUUUGUCUUUAAGAAAUGAUUUCUUCCGUACAUCGAGCUUGUGUGUAAGUGUAUCUUUUGCCAUCAGCAGAGGGCAUAGUUCAUUUGCUUUUGAGGCAGUGUUCUCAAUAUCCUUUGUUUUAACAGAUUAAAAAAAAUGAGUUUCUAAAAAUAAAUCACUAAUCCUUGCUCCAUAAUUGAAUGUUCCCCUGCUGCAACUUUUCUCCUGCUCCUGGUAGAUAGAGAUAGAUUAGAAAAGGCACCCUUCAAACCUGAGACAGCUGGAGCAGUUUGCUCAGAGGAGUGGGCCAGAAUACCUGUCUACCGGUGCAGAAGUCUCAUUGAGAGUUACAGAAAUCGCUUGCUUGCAGGCGAUUGCUUCAAAAGGUUGUGCAACAAAAUAUUAAGUAAAGGGUACCAUUAUUUUUGUCCAGGCCAAUUUCAUUAGUUUGUUUUUUUUUAAAUGCUUGUUGAACCGCAUUUCAAAAGCAAUAUCUGAAUUUCAUGAGUCAAUUUUCAGUACAUUUUUAUUUAUUAUUACUUUUUCUCAGUUUCAUGUUAUUUCAGUGAUCAUUGUGGGUUUUCCUUUCUUUAAUGGAAAGGUACCAACAAUUUUGUCCAAGUGUGCAUAGUGUAUACACCGAUCAGGCAUAACAUUAUGACCUCCGACAGGUGCCGUGAAUAACAUUGAUGAUCUUCUCAUCAUGGUACCUGUUAGUGGGUGGGAUAUAUUUGGCAGCAGGUGAACAUUUUGUCCUCAAAGUUGAUGAGUUAGAUGCAGGAAAAAUGGGCAAGCGUAAGGAUUUGAGUGAGUUUGAUGAAGGGACAAAUUGUUAUGUCUAGACGACUGGAUCAGAGCAUCUCCAAAACAGCAGCUCUUGUGAUGUGUUCCUGGUCUGCAGUGGUCAGUAUCUAUCCGAAGUAUCUUUUAAGUCCUGUAAGUUGCGAGGUGGGGAUCUGCUGCUAACAUCUUGGUGCCAGAUUCCACAGCACACCUUCAGGGAUCUAGUGGAGUCCAUGCCUCAACUGGUCAGGGCUGUUUUGGCAGCAAAAAAAUAUAAGGCAGGUGCUCAUAAUUUUAUGUCUGAUCUAGAUAGAUAGAUAGAUAGAUAGAUAGAUAGAUAGAUAGAUAGAUAGAUAGAUAGAUAGAUAGAUAGAUAGAUAGAUAGAUAGAUAGAUAGAUAGAUAGAUAGAUAGAUAGAUAGAUAGUGUACAUUUAUAAUGAUAUAUUAUGCAGAGAAGAUGUAGCAGAAUGUACAGGGUGGAGGAGAACUGCAAGGUGGUGAAGUGUUAGUGAGACAUAAGAGUCCUAGCAGUGUAGAGUUCAGUAGAUUUAUGGUUGUUGGGAAAAACUGGCUCUGAACCUGCUGGUUCUGAUGUGGAUGGUCUUGUAUCUCUUUCACAUCUGCUGUGGUGAAGAGACUCAAUGGCAGGUAGUUGGGUGCCGAUGAUGUGUUGGGCGGUUUUCAUCACCCUUUGCAGUGAUUUCUUUACACACGCUAUGGAGCUGCCAUACCACGCUGUGUUAGAGCUUGCUGGGAUGCUCUCAAUGAUUCAGCAGUAAAAAGUGGUCAGGCUCGUAGGGUAUAGAUGGACUUUUUUGUCUUCUCAGGAAGCAAAGGUGCUGUUGCGCCUUCCUAACCAGAGCUGAGGUGUUCUGAUGCCCAGACAGAUCCUUGGAGAUGUGGAUGUCCAAGAACUUAUGAGAUUUAUGAGAAAUAUGAGAUUGAUGAUGUCAAGAGAAAAUAAAAAUGACAAUUUGAUGCGCACAGGAAACUCCAACAUUGCCGUAACAUGGUCUGAUAAUCAUCACACUAACAUUACUCAGGAACUAAUGCAGAAAGAAACCAAUCACUGCUUAAAAUGUGGGAAGAAUUUAACUAAUCUCCAUAAUCUCAGUAAGCACCAGUGUGUCCAUGUAAGACAGAAGUGUCCAUGAUCACAGUCUGGAGAACGUUUUACUUACCAGCAUCAUCUCUAACAGCAUCAGUGCUUUCACACGGGAGAGAAGCCAUAUCACUGCUCACAGUGUGGGAAGAGCUUUAUUCAACAGAGCAAUCUUCAAAAACAGAACAUUCACAGUGCAGAGAAGCUGUAUCACUUCUUACAGUGUGGAUGGAGAUUUAUUUAUUUCAUAACAUUUAAGAAACACAACUGCACCAAUAUAGAGUAGUCCGACUGCGCCAUAUGAUCUUCAAAUUAAUCUUCAUGCAGUUAGGAACUAUGCAGUAGGCAAAUGUUUAGGCAUUCCUGGUCAAACUGCAUAUCUGCACAGUUAUUUGAUGAACAUGGAACAAAAAUUAAAAUGGAGAAAAAUGAAAUAGUAAUCGGGGCAUGUACACAAGUUUGCAUUGGAUUUCAAUCAGUGCUUGGUAAUACCUUCUGUGACAGACAUCACAGCUUCCACACACUUUUCUAUCCAAUCAAGAGGAUCUUGUUCUUGUGUAAUGAAUGCUCACUCAGUCUCGCUUGCAGAAUGCUUCUAGUUCUGAGAUAUCCCGGUGCUAUAUUGCUAUAUUUUCAAUUUUCAGGAGAGUUGGAGAGCAUUUCAAUUCAGCUUGCAUUCUUGUAAUAAUUACCGGUGGAUUUUAAGGUUUUUUUUUUAAUCAUUCAGGUUUCUGACCCAUUGUGUCACAUUUGCUCUCAGAAUUUGGUAAUAUUAACUGAAAUGCAUUAUUGCCUCUACUUGCGAUAUAUUUUUCCACUACUGGCUGUGACACUGCCCCAAAGCAUAAUAGAUAUACUCCCAUGCUGUGGCAAGAAGGUCCUAUCACCAAAUGAUGCUUCUUUUAUUUUCAAACACACCUUUGUGAAUUGUGGCCAGUGACUUCCAUUUUUACUGCUUUAGUCCAUAGCACUUCUUUACAAAAUCACUCUGGAUCAUCUGUAUGCUCUUUUGCAUCAGAUGAGGACAUCUGAUGACUCUUCCAUGCAGAUUAUGUUUCUGUAAGCAACACUGCUCUUGUGUCAGCUAAACCUUCCUACAGGUCCUACGUACCAUGUAGCGAUUUUGCUUAGCAAAAUUCUGGCCUAAAUCUGAAAGGUUUCUUGGUCUUAUUUUUUUCCCCUUGACUUGCACAUUUCCCCCUUAACUGUCAUUUUUAUUAACAUUUUUGACCGUGGAAAUUGGGAGCUCUUUGAUCUGCUGAUGGCCUUCCACUGCUUUGGAGGCUUCAUUUUUCGGUGCUUAGAGAACCCCAUGGCUGUAUAGUCUUAGCAUAAGGUUUGAAGAACCGUGGAAUUGAUUAUAGUCAAAUUAUUUUUCUUAGUUACAAUUCUUGCCUGAAAAAUGAAUGCUAUUGAGUCAGUUAAAGCCUAAUGAGUUUAAUACAAUUUCUUAUACUUUACAUCUAGAAAAUGGUGUUUACAUUUUUGUACAUGCCAUUUAUACCUAUUUAAUUUUUUUCUAUUUUCUAAGUACUUUUACAUAAAGUAACUGUAUGUAAACAUAAAAAAAAUAAGGAAUAGAAUAAUAAAAUAGUUUGUUGGAGCAUUUGUGUGUACUUGUUUUCACCGCAUUACAAAAUAUGUAAUGUGGACAGAGAUGUACAGACGUGUUCCUAUUAAAGUGACUAUUUAGAGUAAUAGAUCACUGUUGAUUUUAUUUGAUGUUUUAUUUGAUUUUCUAUCUGUAUGAGCCGGUGUACAUACAGGUGUUCUUUUUGCAAUGGCCAGUAAGUGUAUAUAUAUAUCUAUAUAUAUAUCUAUAUAUAUAUAUCUAUAGUAUUUUAUUAAAUAUACAUUUAUUCCACUGAAUGACAAAAUAAAUAUUUAAUCUGUAGGAAUAUUCAUUCCCCAUAUAUAUAUAACAGUAUUACUAAACCUAUCACAGAAACCUAAACAGAAAUUGUAGACUAUGUGGUCUUAUCUCAGUGACUUACUAAUACUUUGCAUUUUUUAUG